GAAAACGCCUCGCCGGAAGUGCCGUGCCGGUCCGGCCUAACUCAUCUCUACGGUUUGUUGUUGAUGGCGGUGCAGCCAUUUCCAAGCAAUGCUGAGCAGAAUACUCGACCUAUUUAGUGAGGUUAUGCGAAGUGUUAUUAAACAAUGGGGUAUCUUUUUAAUUUAUAGGCAGUUAUAGCUUUAUUUUCCGUUUGUUUGUCUGCGUAUCACGUAGCAUUAGCCUCCGUAGCUCUACGGAUCUCGUGCUUAAAGGUAGAAAACAUGUCCAGACCGAGGUCCAGAUCUCCGCAUUACAGGAGAUUCCCCUGGGAGGAACCGGACUUUGAUCCCCGGAAAGUAAUUGCAGAACUGGACGGGAAUCCUCGGGACAGGGGCCGCCACCCCAGAGAGGGUCCGGAUGACUAUAGGGGCCCCUACAGGGAGGACCGGUACCGAGACGACCCGAGAAGAUCUCCGUACCGAGACGAGCCUCACUUCAGGCACCAGCGACACCCGGACCAUGACGAGUUCGACCACUGGGGGGCGUUGCCUCACCACGACGACAUGCGUUUUGAGAACCACAGGUUUUUCCCGCGGGAUGAACGGUUUGACGACUUUCAGAGGUUUGAUGACAGAAGGGACGGUCCGCCGCCGCUGCUGCCGGGCUUAUCGCCCAACCCGCGGUCGGACCAGCAGCAGAAGAAGGCAGGGCCGGGCUGGAGGAGGGAGGAGGCGGGCCGGGAUCAGGGCGGGUUCAGAGGCUUCAGCUCCGGUAUGAGGGCAGACCCGGGGAAAGGAGGGCGGUUCCCUCAGCAGCAGAACAGACACUACGACAGGAACCCGCAUUUCAAACGACCACGGCGACAAACGGACGCCGCUGCCGCCGAUCACCCUGGGUUCAGGGAGGAAGAGGAGGAUGAGGAGGAGGACUUUGGGGGCCGCGGUUACUCUAUGGACAGACCCAGAGGUGGGUUUAGAGGACGCAGUCGGGGCAGCUUUCCCCGCCGGGACGCGGGGCAGUUUGCCAGAGACCUUGGCAUGGAGGCCGAUGCGAAUCGGUUCAAUUACGAUGCUAGCUUUGAGCGGCCGCCGAGUCCGCCGGAGCAUUUCAGGAGGGAAGAUGGCGCCCGCCGCCCACAUUUCCACGAAGACUCUCAGGAACCCGGCUAUCAGGAGCCGAGCAGGAGGAGCCCUGAGGUUCACAGAUACGGUAACCAUGGAAACCAGCGUUGGAGGGGGCGAGGGCGGUACAACCACGGUCCAAGAGGACGGACCGGACUCCACAGACACCAGCCGCGGUACGCGGACCCCCCACAGGCCGAGCAGAGGCACGACUACCCCACCUUCAGGGACGGCGAACCCGGCUGGGAGGACCGAGAUGCCCCGUCGCCAUGGAGACGCAGCCGCUCCCAAAGCCUGGACCCAAACGAACGGCCGCUGCCGCCGCCGCCACCGGCCAAAAGGGGAUGGAACGAGCCGCAAAACGAUGGCGUGGCAGUUGUAACCGAGGAAACGCUCACCAUCAAGGUGGACAUGAGUCGACCCGUUAACAAGAGCAGCGCGCUCUGCUACUCCUCAGACCGGCAGCUGUCUCUGGACCUGGUCAACGUGGGCCGCCAGCGCCUCGACUUCCUGCCCCUGCUGGAGCACUCGGGGACGUACCGGGAAAACGCCACGCACACCGGGACUUUUGCACAGGAGAUCAUCACGCUGGUGCACUUUGUCAAAGAGCAGUACUUCCGGGGUGAUGGGGUCACCCUCACCGAGCGCUUCUCUGCGCCUCAGAAAGGAGGCUACGCUGAAGACGAGCUGGAGGAGCUGACGCUGCACCAGAGGUUCAGCUCCAACAGAGGCUUCAGUCUGAACAUGGACUCUGUUCUGGAUGAUGAGGAUGACGAGCCGCUCUUCUUCAGGCUGGGAUCCAUGCAGGAAGCGAACAAGCAGCCGCAGCGAGGUCCAGGCGACCUCCGGCACGACCUGGAGCGGCGGCGGCAGGAGAAGCUGGAGGCGGUGAAGGUCACCAUCGCCGGCAGCAGCUUCUCCCAGCGUUCCCAGUGCGAGCCGGACCUGACGCCGCCGAUGGACCCGGACGGGUUCUGGCCCGCAGAGCAGAACCGCAGGAGAGACGGCGGCAUGGGAUCCCAGAGGGGAACGUUUCAGCGACCCAACAUGGCAACGCAGCGCAGAAAUCAUCAGUUUGGAAACCAGAGACAGAACCUGCACAGCAACCCGGCAGGUCCAAACUGGUGAUCAGGUUCUGAAGAGCGGCUCCGUGUAACCAUGGAGGUCAGCAGGAAGUCAGAGGAAGUACUUCCUGUUUCCAUCAGCAUCUAACUGAACUGCGGACGGCUGUUCAUGUUGUAGCUCCUCUAGUUCCAUCUUCUCCUUUUUUUCUGUUUGUUUUUGUUUUGAGGUCUAAAUCUUCCCCACCAUCUCUAGAAACUUAUUUUUAAUAAAAUAGACAUCACAAAUCUUGGA